CAUGGUCACGUUUAUUUAUUGAAAUUUAAUUUGCGGUAUAAAAAGGAAAUACUGUAUGAAUAUGUUCAGGUUUGAAAAUCACAUUGCACGUUUAGGUCAGUAGUUGAAUCUUAGGAUAACAUCAGGUCUUAGAAUAUGAAGUACUUAAUCAAACCAAAAAGCGGUACUGCUAAGGAGAGACUUGGUUCCAGUUUCAAAAGAUUUGGAUCUAUCCAGGUGCUCCUUGGCCUUGGUUGUAUGAUUGUGGGAUUCGUUGCAAUUGGAAUAGACAGAAAGAGCUUAGACGAACCAGUUCAAAGAUAUGAAGCAGAAAAAACCUUAAAUGGGACAAAUGGGACUUCCUUUGACGUGAAAUAUGUUGUUCUUGGACUAGAUGUUAGUGCCGUUGUUUCUGCUCUCUGGGUACUUGUAACUGGAGCAGUGCCAGCUUGUAUGGCAAGGAAUACUGAAUACAAUUUGAUAAAAACGAAAGUGGUUUUUAUGGUAUUUAGCAUCAUUUCAGCAUCAUUGUUUGUACCAAUCAUUUUAGGAGCCGCCGUCGCCAACCACGUGCUCCGAGACGGCCACGUGGGGUUGACAGUUGCUUUAGGCGUGUUAGGUCUUCUAGAAUUCAUUGUUUCCAUUGCAUCAUCCGUCUACUGCUGCGUAUCGCCAUGGGCUGCUUGUAAGCUUGAAAAGAAGGACAAAGAAAAGAAAAAAGAAAAGAAAAACAAAGAAAAUGGUAGCUACGAGAAACAGGUGGACAAGGAAGAACUUCCGGAGUAUAGCCCAGAUUGUAAAAAAGAAAACAUGUUACCUUAA